GCGAGACCCAGAGUCCCAUUGGUCAGGCAUGGAGGUGCUGGUGCUCUCUCUCAGCAGCUAACUUGGAGCAGCUUGGAUGGAGCGCUGCAGCGUGUUGGAUGGAGAACCUGUGGACUGACAGCAUUGGUCUACACUAACUGGAAACCUCAGUGUUUUACCAUGGAGUUUGGAAGAGUUUGGUCCCGAUAUCAGAGGACAGUGCUGAUCACAAUGAUGAUGUUCAAACUGGGUCUAUUGUGCACAGCAGCAGCAGACAAGUGUUUAUCAUCUCCCUGCAACAAUGGUGCCAAAUGUCUUGACUACCUGAAUGACUACGUGUGCCUGUGCCCCAAAGGGCCGGUGUGGUACAUGGGCAAAAACUGCGAUGAGCUGUAUGACGCCUGUUUAAUGGCACCUUGCACCAACUGCACCAGCAAGCCUGGGACUGACGAGUUCACUUGCCACUGCCCGGACGGCUUUGCAGGGCUCGACUGCACUCAGGAUGUAGAUGAAUGUCAGAGCAACCCCUGCAAAGGCAUCCAGUCUCAUUGUGUCAACAGAGUCAGUCACUAUUCCUGCCACUGCCCCCUUGGAUUGGGAGGAGAGGACUGCCAGGAUAAUGUGACUGUUUGUUCAGAGGAAACAUGCCAGAAUGGUGGCACCUGUAUGGACAUCCCUGACAUUGGGCACCGGUGCCAGUGUGCUGCUGGGUACCAGGGGAGCAACUGUGAGGAGAACAUUGAUGAAUGCCUAUCUGAACCCUGUCAGAAUGGAGCCAUCUGUAAAGAUGGCAUUAAUACCUACCAGUGUUUCUGUGUGCCUGGAUUUCAAGGCUACCACUGUGACUUGGACAUCAAUGAGUGUGCCUCACGACCCUGUCAAAACAAUGGCACUUGUCUGGAUGAGGUGGAUCACUACAGGUGUGAGUGCGUUCCAGGCUUCAAAGGGAUUAACUGUGAGGUUGAGAUCGAUGAGUGCGAGGUGCAUCCCUGCCAGAACGGCGCCACCUGCCGAGACCACAUCGCCACAUACACAUGUGAGUGCAUGGCCGGCUUCAAGGGCCAAGACUGCGAGGUCAACAUUGAUGAAUGUGCCAGCAUGCCCUGUCUGAAUGAGGGCAAGUGCAUAGACGGGGUCAACAGCUAUGAGUGUGACUGUGAAGGGACGGGCUUUGUAGGCGACCACUGUGAAGAGGAUAUUCCUGAAUGUGCUUCUGACCCCUGUCAGCAUGAAGCCACUUGUUUGGAGGGGAUCAACCAAUACAAGUGCCUCUGUUGGCCAGGUUACGAGGGAGAGAAUUGCCAGGUUGAUAUAAAUGAGUGUGAGCAGCAUCCCUGUGAGAAUGAUGGUGAGUGUUUCCAGCGCUCAGAUAUCCUGAGCUACGGGAGGCUGCCUGAACUCAGCAAAGACAAUUUCAGCUAUGAAGAGGCAGCUGGCUUCAUCUGCCACUGUCUGCCAGGAUUCACUGGAGACAACUGCUCUGUCGAUGUGGACGAGUGUGUGUCUGCUCCAUGUCAGCAUGGGGGAAGCUGUCAGGAUCUGGUCAACUCUUAUCAAUGUGUGUGUCCAGACGGCUUCACAGGCAUACACUGUGAGGUGGAUAUCAACGAGUGUGACAGCAAUCCCUGCCAGAAUGGCGCCACGUGCGAAAAUGCUGCCAACUCCUAUAGGUGUCACUGCCCUGUGCCAGAGCCUGGCCAGGAGCCAUGGGGCGGGCGAGACUGUGAUGUCCUUCUGGUCGGCUGCCAACAGCACCAGUGUCAACACGAAGCAGAGUGCAUCCCUGUGCUGACUGAUGAUGGAGAGCACAGCUACACCUGCCUGUGUCUGCCUGGCUGGACUGGAGAACACUGCAACACCUCCACCACCUUCUCCUUCAACUCCGAGGGCUACAUCCACAUGCAGCUGCCCAUUUCCAAAAACAGGACCAAACGUGAAACUAAAGACCAUAACCAUGGGCUCCACAUGCAGCUCCGAUUCAAGAGCACUCUGCCAGACAUGGUGUUGUACUACCGGGGCACUAUGGAGCGCUUCAUCUCACUGGAGCUUGUUGGAGGCUGCCUUCAGGCUAGGGUGAAGUCAGGGAAAGUACUGCAGGUAAUUUACUCUGGACCGGUCAAUGACGGGCAAUGGCACCAGGUCACCGUGACCAUGGAUGAGAGGCUGGUUCUGGUUGUAAAAGGACCUGGCUGUGAGGACGAGUGCCAGGUGAAGAACGAGGGCUACAACUAUUUGAUCUUCCUCCAACCCAGCUCCUUGCAACAACUGUAUGUUGGAGGGGCACCGCAGGAAUAUUUAGCCCAUACGUCCAGCAGAAGGGGAUUCAUUGGCUGCAUGGAAGACCUUCAAGUUGACCAUAAGCUGCUUCUACCUCAGGAUCUCAUCAGAGAGGAGAACCAGGGUUUGGAAAUGGGAUGCGGCAAAAAAGACUGGUGUCAGGAAAAUCCAUGCAUGCAACGUGGUCAGUGUGUGGACAUGUGGGUUCGUGCCAGCUGUCUGUGUAAUCGGCCAUACUAUGGUGAAAGCUGUGAGAAAGAGUAUCCGUCCUGGACCUUCGGUCAUGAGAACACCAUCAGCUAUGCUGUCUUCAACAUCUCGGAAAACCAUGGAGACAACUUCACCAUCUCCUUUUUAAUGCGAUCCCUCAAACACAACGGCCUGCUCCUACAGCUCCGUCGAGAAGGAAAUCCCUACCUGACAAUCUAUCUGAAGGAGGGAACUGUUGCUAUCUACAGCCCUCACACCACACUGCUGUCUGAGGCUACGUUUGUCACUGAUGGCAACAAUAAUUUGGUGACUGUAGAGGUACACUAUGGCCAUGUAGUCUUCCCCAAAGCAGGGAAUCAUCGCGCCUUAGGGAAUGUGAGUGUAGAGGCAGGGGAUGUGGCAUAUGUCGGAGGACUCCCAGCAGGCAAGAGCAUAAACGCCUGGGGAGGAAUCUUCAAGGGCUGCCUGCAGGACAUUCGGCUGGACCACAAGCAUCUGGCCACUGAGGAUCAUGAAGAGGAUGUGGAAUUUUACCAGGCAAGCACAGAGGAGAACAUACUGCCAGGAUGCCAAAGUGAUGACACAUGCAAGGAUGAGCCCUGUUUCAAUGGCGGACACUGUCAGGUCACCUGGAAUGACUUCAAGUGCAACUGUUCCAUUAACUACUCAGGCCGACUGUGUGAGACACGCUUGUGGUGCGUCGACAACCCUUGUCUUGAAGCAGUGCGCUGUGCGGACCUACAGGAUGGUUAUGAGUGUUUAACUGAAGCCAUUUUUCAGGACAAUGCUCUCCAGUAUGUUGCCAACAGCUCCCUGCUGAACCCUGUAACCAACAUCACCAUGAAUAUACGGACGAGGGACACAAACGGGAUCUUGUUACGGGCCGCCAGCAGAGCAGAGAUCUUCUGCCUGGGUCUGCUCAACUCCUCCCUGCUGGUCAAACUGGAUAGCGGGGCGAACUCAGAGCUGCUGGCCUUCACAAGUGAAAGGGUCAUUGCGGACGGAGCAUGGCAUCAAAUCCAGCUGACCAUGCUCGAUCCCACGCAGUUAACGUCCCGCUGGUGCCUCACUGUGGAUGGGCAGAGAGUUGGUGGCAGCUUUGGCGUUGGCGGCAACCUCAACUUCCUUAAUGACACCAAGAUCUGGUUGGCGGAGAAAUACACAGGAUGUUUAGGGGAGGUGAGAGUGGGUGGAGUCUACCUGCCACUCAUAAAUGUACCAGACCCCCCUCAGAUGAGCCGGUUCUCCAGACUGGGAGGGCACGAGCCAAUCAUAGGAUGCCAAGGUGUACCGAUUUGCGAGUCCCAGCCCUGCCUCAACCAGGGUGUAUGUCAGGACCAGUUUAAUGAGUUUAACUGCAGCUGCAGCGCAGGAUGGGAGGGGGAACUGUGUGAGACUGAGAUAAAUGAGUGUUCUUCAGGUCCCUGUGUCUAUGGUACAUGUAAAGACCUUCUGGCAGACUACCAGUGUGACUGCGAGCCUGGGUACGCAGGGAAAGACUGUCAGGACGAGGUUGAUAACUGUCAGGAGUUCACCUGUGUGAAUGGAGGAACCUGCGUGGAAACAGUGGGAGCUCACACAUGUUCAUGUCAUCCUGGCUACGUCGGCAAGCGCUGCCAGUGGCGUUUCCCUCCCGUGGCAUGCGAUGCAAACAUAGAGUGUCUUAAUGGCGGGGUUUGUAUUGGAGGUGACUUCGGAGGCAACUGCACCUGCAAGCCAGGAUACACUGGUGCCAGGUGUGAGACAGAAAUAGAUGAGUGUGAAUCCAGCCCUUGUCUCAACGGUGCCACCUGUCUGGACAGACUCAACCACUUCCAGUGUGUGUGUGUGCCGGGUUUCAGCGGCACACUCUGUGAGAGCAAUAAAGAGGAGCAUAAGGAGCGAGUUCCCUGGCUGGCAGUGACCAUCCCCCUAACCACACUGUGCGUGUUACUGGCCAUACUGGUGGUGUUUUUCCUUAUCAUGACAGCACGGAAGAAACGUCAGUCAGAGGGCAUGUACAGCCCUAGCUCACAGGAGGUGGCUGGUGCCAGGCUUGAGAUGGGCAGUGUCCUCAAAGUGCCCCCAGAGGAGAGGCUGAUCUGAGGCCUGCAGCCAUGCCUCACAGCCUUACUUCCAGUGGAUCUAUCUAUGUACAGGGUGAUGAGAACAUAGUCUCUGCAGUGUCACACUGCUGGGUCCUCCUGCCCUACAAGAAACUGAUGGAGGAUAAUUCAAAGACUGAUCCUCCAACUGGACAAAACUAUUGAGGGUGAAGCCUCAGAGGUGUACAGCUAAAGACCAGAGGCGGAGAAAGACUCCUGAGUCUCCUGACAACUCAGGCUGUCCCGAUGGGGAGAGUGUGGCCAAAGGAUGCACUGACCCUGGACAUCCCAUUUAAGAGUUAGGUCUUGAGGACAAUCUCAAGCUUAACUCGCACGGGACCAAAAGUCAUAUGAGGACCACCUGUACUAAAGAAAAGUCCAAAAAUCUGUGGAUAUUAAGAAAUGUAUUCACACAGGCUGAAAAUCAUUGAAACUGAAAUUCUCUGAUGCACUCUAAACGGUCAUGUAAGGGCAAGUAAUUCCUCAUUUAUGGUUUAGCAAAGCAAAACAUUCAAAACCUCCUUUUGCACAUCGCACUGCUGAUCUUGUUUUGCAUGACAGUGGAAAGAGGAAUGUGUAGGAGAAUAUACAUUUGAAACAAAUUAUUUCUAAUUAGAGUUGUAUUUGAAUAAGUAUACCUUCACCAACAUACUUCUUGUAGUAGUAUUACAUUACAAGAGGGUGUCUGUGAAGAGACUUUUUUGGAGACAGACACUAAUUUAUAUCUUGGCUUUAUCUUGUUAGCGGUCCCUUGGUAACGCUAAUCCUGCAUGACCACAGCUCUUCUGCCAUAAUGGGUUUUGCCACCUGAUUUCUCCUUUUUUUCUCUCUUUGUGAUUAUAAUUUUUUUUGUCUGUCAAAAAAAUGCAAGCAGCCGUUACAAAAUCAGUUGAAGUUAUGUUUGAUUCAAACCUCAUGUUCUACUUUGCUGAAUCAGAAAGUUAAUUAGUGACUCUGAAGUGACCCUGUGAAUGUGAGUAUGAAUGGCUGUUUUUUCUCUAUGUGUAGUGUGAUGAACUGGUGACCUGCCUCCCUGCUGCUCCUUGCAACCCUUCAAAGUAUAAGAGGUUAUACAUAAUGGAUGAAUGGAUGGCACCAAUGACAAUUACUUUCUAGAUUUCAAAGUUUACUUUGACUUUAUUUCAUUUGACCUUGUGCAACUUCCCCAAUAUUGUGCACAUGUGGCACAGAUUAGAUUAACUAUAUGGCCAAAAGUACUGUAUGUCACUUUUGGGUGUAUUACAUCAUUUGGUCUAAGCCCCAUUAGUUUCCAAUGAAGUCUUAAUUUCACAGCAUACAAUGACAUUUUAGACAUUGUGCUUCCACCUUUGUGUCAGUUUGUGUUUUUCCCCCUUCCUGUGGGGGGAAAUGGUUUUCAAUUUGCAGAGAGCCCUGACCUUAACCCCAUCCAAUACCUGUGGGAUGAGCUGGAAUGCUGACUGUGGGCAAGACCUUAUCACUCAACAUCAUUGGUCACCUCACUAAUGCUCUUGCUGAAUGGGAGAUAAUCCCUGGAUCCAGGUUGAAACAUCUGGAGGAAAGACUGAAAGCAGAAGAGUGGAGGCUGUUAUAGCAGCACAUUAAUGUCCAUGGUUUUGGAAUGAGAUAUUUGGCAGUUAGAUAUAAUGUUCAGGUGUCCACAUAUGCCUGACAUGUGUAUUAGUGAAGCAUAAAGGGGCCAGAUCUGCUUGAGGUCAGCCCCCCCUAAGAACAUAUAAGAAGCCCUCCAGCAUCAGAUCUGCGCUCCAAGUCUUCCAAGGUCUUCAGAAACAGCCCUGUGAAAAACCUACCCAAAUCUGAAGUACAUGCAUACAUUUUUGAAAAAGAGACACCCGGUCCCACGUGCACUGAUUUCCUCAAAUAUUUUUUUCAGUGGUGAUUGUGAGUAGAGCUGAUAGUACCCUCAGAUUCAUUCAGAUCCACUUCAAUAUUAGACAUGGACACUGGCCCGAGACCAGCAGCAGCAAAAUUAGAACCCUCCCCAGCCCGAGUAUAAUUUGGACCUGGUCUGACACCGACAGAAACAUCACUGUAGAAUUGCUCAAAUAUUCAAAUGUUAUUAUUACAAGCUUUACGGUAUUGUACAGUCAAACAGUGUUAUACAGUGCUGUGACUUAAUAACAGAACAUAUACAGGGGAGAUAAGUUCCCCAGCUAUGUACCGGUCUCGGUUCCUCCGGGCUUAGUGGACCUGUGAAGGCCUCUUCUCUACAUCGACUCACCCCAGAGUUCAUAUAUUAUAUGUGGAUUGACUGAUUGAUUGCAGAUAGCUAUAUGACUAUAGUUUAGUCGUAUGAGUUAUGUCUAUGUUUUGAAGUGACAAUAGAAAUAAUGGUUAUACAGGAUAUUCAAACCUGACCUCCCAGCACACUGCUGCUUCUCUCACUGAGUACGAGGUUGUUGUUGUUCCUACCGGCAACCUAUGAUGUUUAAUUAAAUCACUUAAUGUUCCUAUAAAAACAGCUGCAGGGAAUGUAAUGUACGUGCAUAAUGAGAUGAUAGUAUGUGCCUUUAUGUUCUCCUGCAUCCAUGAAACACAAGAAUCCUGUGGUCUGUUUUUAUAUUCUGUGUUGAGACAGAUUAAAGCCUUUGUGUAGACUGUACUUCAAAUGAUUCAAAGAAGAGUUCACUGACAGAAACAUCGCUGUGAGCAGUGCUCACAUAUUCAAAUGUUGUUAAAAGCAUUAUGAUAUUGUACAGACAAACAAUGUUAGACAGUGCGGUGACUUAACAGAACAUAUACAGGGCAGAUAGAUAUCCCAGCUAUGUACAGAAUGGUAGUGAUUUUUACACUGGAGCUGUCUUUACUAAAGCUGUACCAUGUACAGCACAGAGAUCAGUACAUAACGAGUUCUAUUCCAAAAUAUUUUAUAUUCACUUUAGGAAAUAACAAUCAUUAACUAGAGUUGUUAAAAGACAGGAUUCAGUUUGUGAGUGAUACUAACGGAUCAACCCAGGAUUAUUACUGUAAUUCACCUACUAGCACUCAUCUAAACAUCAUUUAAUAUUUGCUGUUUCUGGGUUGCCUGUGGUUUUUCAGUAGUUCCCCUGUUUUCUAAAAGGGAAUAUCUCAUUUUGGAAUAAAACUUAUUCAUUUGUACUCAGAACACUUUUCUGUGUGGGGGAUUUUAUGGUUUGUCUGUAAAGAAAGAUGUAUACUUCCAAUCCAAAUGGAUAGUUACACUGUAAUUGUGUGUAUAUAGUAGGAAAUGCCACUUUAAUUGGAUUCAAAGUCGGUGUGUAUAUGUCUUAAAAAGUGUUCAAGGAAAAUAAAACACAAAGGAAAUGAAUAA